AUUCCCUCAAGAUGCGUGUCCAUCAUAGCAAAUAAAACCUAAUACCUCCACCAAUCCCCCCAUAAACUGACACGUGUCAUUUACCCCUCCAAUCUAUAAAUACACAUAUAAUGAGGGACAUAUUCACAAAAAAACCCCCACAUAACUAAACAUUUUUAUACCGGUUUAGCACCAUUGGAAUAGCGUUAAUUCCAAUUCCCAAAUUGGAAUAAGAAAAACAAAGAAAGGCCAAGAAAUGGGAGGAGAUGAGGACGAGGAUGAAGGGACGAGGAGGAGGAGGAGAAGGAGAAGGAGGAAUGGGGAGGAGGGAUGGGCGGGCGAGUUCCAGAGGGAUAUGCUUGCCGGAGCGGCGAUGGGUGGUGUUGUGCACACCGUUGUUGCGCCGAUCGAACGCGCGAAGUUGCUGCUCCAGACGCAGGAGAGCAACGCUUCUGUGCUUGGUCUUGGAGGUAGACCUCGGCGUCGGAGGUUUCGUGGUAUGCUUGAUUGCAUCGCGCGUACUGUUCGGGAUGAGGGCGUGAUGUCGCUUUGGCGUGGCAAUGGGACUAGUGUUCUUCGGUAUUAUCCUUCCGUCGCGUUGAACUUUUCUCUCAAGGAUUUGUACAGGGCCAUGCUAAAGGGUGGUGAAGCAUCACAGAAUUCCCAUAUUUUUUCUGGGGCAGCUGCCAACUUCAUUGCAGGGUCUGCAGCAGGUUGCACCACACUAGUUAUCAUCUAUCCACUUGAUAUUGCCCACACCCGCCUCGCUGCUGACCUUGGCAGCACAGACUCGCGUGAAUUCAGAGGAAUCUGCCACUUUCUUCGUGCCAUCUACAAGAAAGACGGGAUUCGGGGCAUUUACCGAGGUCUUCCUGCUUCCCUCCACGGCAUGAUUGUCCACCGUGGCCUUUACUUUGGUGGUUUCGACACAGCAAAGGAGUACAUGACUACUUCUGAUCAUUCAAAGAUGGAGGAAGCACCUCUGUGGAAACGUUGGCUCGUGGCGCAGGCUGUGACUACCUCAGCAGGAUUGAUAUCGUACCCGUUAGACACUGUCCGAAGGAGGAUGAUGAUGCAGUCCGGGAUGCAAGAACUAAUGUACAAGAACACACUAGAUUGUUGGAAGAAGAUUUAUAUGAUGGAGGGUGUGGCUUCCUUUUAUCGCGGAGCAGUUUCUAAUAUGUUUAGAAGUACUGGAGCAGCUGCGAUCUUGGUUUUGUAUGAUGAAGUCAAGAAAUUUAUGAAAUGGGGUGGUUUGUGACAAGAACAGGAGGUAAUAAUCAUGCCUCAAAUUUUUUUCGACUCACAAAUGAGCACAAUCUAAAGGAAAUAGAGGUGAGAAGGCUUGCAUGCCUAGUAAAAUGACUUUUUGU